AUGCAGGCCGGAUAUGCAGCCGGUCUGUUGUUCUUGUGUCCGUUGGGCGAUCUGCUGCCUAGGCGACCGUUUGUCUGUGGAUUGGUAGCGUUCACAGCAACGUUGUGGAUAGUAUUAUGCCUCACAAGCGAUCUCGGGACCUUCACAGCAGUAUCCUUCAUCGUAGCCAUUACAACUGUAACCCCUCAACUCAUGCUCCCUCUUGUUGGGGAUCUCGCGCCGCCAUCGCGCCGUGCGGCAGCCCUCUCGAUCGUCGUAUCAGGCCUAAUGUUAGGCGUGCUCGUCGCGCGCGUCCUAUCUGGUACCAUUUCCAACUACACGUCAUGGCGCGCAGUCUACUGGAUGGCGCUCGCGCUGCAAUACACAAUCUUCGUGUUACUCUGGCUCUUCAUGCCAGAUUACCCAGCCACCAACACGGGCAUGAAUUAUUUCCGGACGCUCUUCGACAUCGUCAAGAUGCUUGGCCGGCACCCCGUGCUCGUCCAAGCUUGUCUCGCCGGCUUACUGACUAGCGCACCAUUUACCUCGUUCUGGACUACACUUACCUUUCUGCUCGCUGGCCCGCCGUACGGGUACUCGUCGCUUACAAUUGGGUUGUUUGGGCUUAUCGGUAUAGCCGGCAUGUUGAUAUCGCCCAUCUACGCCCGCACCGUCACCGACCGCUUUGUCCCGCACUUUUCCGUCUUUGCGGGCUUGUCAUGCUCGCUCAUUGGCGUGUGCUUGGGCACCUACAUUGGAACGAUUACCGUUGCGGGCCCCGUACUCCAGGCGCUGCUUAUGGACUUUGGCAACCAGACGGCGCAGAUUGCGAAUCGCUCUGCGAUUUACAGUGUAGAGCCCAAGCGCCGAAAUGGCGUUAACACCGCUUUCAUGGUGGCGACAUUUUGUGGGCAGCUGAUUGGUACCGCGGCGGGCAACCAUGUUUAUGCCGCAACAGGUUGGAUUGGUAGUGGAAGUGUGAGUGUGGGGUUUGUGAGCUGCGCCAUUUGUGUGAUGAUAGCUAAAGGUCCCUGGGAAGAUGGCUGGGUGGGCUGGAGUGGCGGAUGGAGCAUGAGGAAGAAGGAUAAGGAUAGUGCCGAUGGGAAGACGAAGGACAAGCCUAUGCAUGGACCAAGGGAACAAGUGGAGAGACAGGAAGGUACGAAUGAGAAGGUGCUGAACGAGAUUGCUGCGGAAGAAGGAAGAGCAAGUCCAUUGGGGCAAGAAAUCGGGGCCAAGGACGAAGAAAUUCAAUUGGCGAGCAAAGACACAUCCAGAUAG